GAUCCAGUUUCAGACAUGAGACUCACUGAGAAAUAACUUCAUUGAGAUCAACUUGAGUGAUUAGAUACCAAAUGCAAGAGGAAUGUGCUAUGACUGAGGCAACUCAAAUUUUCUUAUUACCAGGCUUGACUUUGGACUCUACAAAAGAAACUAUGUCUCCAGCAGCCCCUAAAACUCAGGAGUCCGUUCAAUUAUCAAACAAACUCAUGCUUGAAAAACAGCAGGAAGAAGCAGAAUGGGAAAGUAUAAAUGUGCUGUUGAUGAAUCAUGGCUUACAAUCUUUGUGCUUGGUCAAAAGACCAGAUAUUAAAGAUCUCAUCCUUUUUGACAAACAGUCAUCACAAAGGAUGAGACAGAAUUUGAAAACAUUGAUGGAAGAAACAGUUCGUCAACAGAACAUGUUACAGGAGCUUAUAGAAAACAACCAGAAACUUAAAAAUGAACUUCAGCUAGAACAAAACCGAGCAGCCCAUCAGGAACAGCGAGCUAAUGAGUUGGAACAAAUUAUGGAGAGUGUGAAAGCCAAAAUUGGUGAAUUGGAGGAUGAAUCCCUAAAUAGGGUUUGCCAGCAACAAACUAAAAUAAAAGAUCUUCAAAAGGAGCAGAAAACUUUACAGAUCAGAUGCCAACAUUACAAGAAAAAACGAAUGGAACAACAAGAGAUUAUUGCUUCUCUGCAAAAGGAUAUCUGUAGAUUAACAAAGGAGGAAGAAGAACGCAUCAUCACUCAAAACAGAGUGUUUGCCUAUCUCUGCAAAAGAGUUCCUCAUACCGUCCUGGAUAGACAGUUGCUUUGCCUAAUUGACUACUAUGAAUCUAAAAUAAGAAAAAUCUAUACACAAAGGCACUAUAAAGAAGAUGAAAGUCAGUCAAGUGAAGAAAAUGAUUAUCAAAAUAUGGGUGCAUCACCGACUUAUAAAUGCCUUCUAGUGUCAUUACAGAAUCAACUCCAGGAUGCAAAAUCUAAGAUUGAUGCACUUACAAGUGAAAAGCUGAACCUCCAAAAAGAUUUGGAAAGCAGGCCCACACAAGAGGAAUUAAAACUUCAAAAACAGCAAGUGAAGAAACUGGAAAAAGCCCUUAAGAAAAGCAUCAAAUUACAGGAGGUUAUCAGUCCUAAAAACUCUGAGGACACAGAGAAAAAAGAUGAACCCAUCAAAGAAAACCAUCAACAGGCCCUAAUUGACCAGAGAUACUUUCAGGUGUUGUGUAGCAUCAAUUCAAUUAUUCACAAUCCAAGAACUCCAGUAAUAAUUUAUAAACAGAGCAAAGGAGGAGCCCAAAAUUUUAAUAAAGAUCUUAUUCAAGAUUGUGGAUUUGAGCAUCUUGUUCCUAUAAUAGAAAUGUGGGCUGAUGAACUGACAUCUCUAAAGGAUUUGUAUAAGUCCUUGAAAACGCUAUCUACAGAAUUGAUACCUUGGCAUAAUUUAAAGAAACAGGAUGAAAAUGAAAGUAUUAAAGUUGAAGAUCUAUUGUUUAUGGUGGAUACAAUGUUGGAAGAAGUGGAAAAUAAGGAAAAGGACAGCAAUAUGCCAAACUUGCAAACUUUGCAAGCUAUCGUUGCUCACUUCCAAAAAUUAUUUGAUGUGCCUUCUUUAAAUGGAGUUUAUCCCCGAAUGAAUGAAGUUUAUAGUAGGCUUGGAGAAAUGAACAACGCUAUGAGAAACCUCCAGGAACUCUUAGAAUUAGACAGUUCAUCCUCAAUGUAUGUGCUGGUGAGCACAGUUGAAAAAUUGUGUAGGAUGAUUAAUGAGGAUGUGAAUGAGCAGGUUAAGCAGGUGUUAGGACCUGAAGACUUCCAAAGCAUUAUCAACAAAUUGGAAGAACAUGAGGAAUUUUUCCCAGCAUUUCAGGCAUUUACUAAUGAUCUACUUGAAAUCCUAGAAAUUGAUGACUUGGAUGCCAUUGUACCUGCAGUAAAGAAAUUAAAAGUACUUUCUUACUGAAAACAAAUCAAAUCAUUUUUACUGUGUAAAUUGCAUUCUUAACAUUCUAAGUAUUUUGUAGAAUUGAUCUUAUUUUGUCAUAAGGGUUAUAAAAUGUAUUUGCUCACAGAAAUCAUCUUAAUAUUGGGUCAUUCUCCAGUACUAAGAUUCUUUUAUAGAAAAUAGCUGCUAAGUUAUUAAAGCAGUAACUUGAGAUCCUUUAAUCAUUUCUUAAAAACACUUGAUGCUUAAAUUUUAAGGUUAUUUUAAGGUAGAGUUUGUAAGUAAAAGAGACACCCAAGGAGAGAAAUUGCAAAUAAUAGAAAAGUUUCAAUUAAGUUGAAGGUCUAAUGACCUUUGGUUCAGGGCAAAAGGAAUACCAUUUGCUUUCUAAGGCCAGCCAGUAGGAAGCUACUGCUCUCCUGGAAAUGAUUAAUUUGCAUUUUACUAAGAUAUCCCUCAUGGUGGUUGCCCUUUCAAAGCAGGAGGAAGAAAA